CUGCCGGCCGGACACUCGCCUCACUCCGCCAGUCCAUGGACGCCGCGCUGCUCGUCGCCCUCGGGCUGCUGGCCCAGAGCCUGGACCUGUCGCUGGGGGUCCCUGGGCAGAGGAGGCCCAGUGCCCUGUACCCCUGGCGCCGGGCACCUGCGUCAGGCCGUGUGCGAAGGGCCUGGGUCAUCCCCCCCAUCAGCGUAUCCGAGAACCACAAGCGUCUCCCGUACCCCCUGGUGCAGAUCAGGUCGGACAAGCAGCCGCUGGGCAGCGUCCUGUACAGCAUCCAGGGCCCCGGCGUGGACGAGGAGCCCCAGGGCGUGUUCUCCAUUGACAAGUUCACGGGGAAGGUGUUCCUGAACGCCAUGCUGGAUCGGGAGAAGACGGACCGCUUCAGGCUAAGGGCCUUUGCUCUGGACCUGGGAGGAGCCACCCUGGAGGAGCCCACGGACCUGGAGAUCGUGGUUGUGGAUCAGAACGACAACCGGCCCGUCUUCAGGCAGCAGGUGUUCAGUGGCCGGGUGCCGGAGGGGGCAGUGCCAGGCACCUACGUGACCAGGGCCGAAGCCACAGAUGCUGACGACCCGGAGACGGACAACGCAGCCCUGCGGUACUCCAUCCUGGAGCAGGGGGGGCCCCAGCGCUUCAGCAUCGACGAGCACACGGGGGACAUACGCACCGUGCAAGUGGGUCUGGACCGAGAGGUGGUCGCCGUGUACAAUCUGACCCUGCAGGUGGCGGACAUGUCUGGAGACGGGCUCACCGCCACGGCCGCGGCCAUCAUCACCGUCGAGGACGUCAACGACAACGCCCCUGGGUUCACCAGGGACGAGUUCGUCAUGGAAGCCGCGGAAGCCGUCAGCGGAGUGGACGUGGGCCGGCUCCCGGUGGAGGACAGGGACCUGCCAGGCUCCCCCAACUGGGCCGCCGUGUUCACCAUCCUGGAGGGAGACCCCCGGGGACAGUUCGCAGUCCGCACAGACCCCAAAACCAAUGAGGGCGUGCUGUCCGUGGUGAAGCCCCUGGACUACGAGAGCUGUGAGCAGUACGAGCUGCGAGUGGCGGUGCAGAACGAGGCGCCCCUGCAGGCGGCCGCGCCCAGGCCCGAGCGGGGCCAGGCCAGGGUCAGCGUGCAGGUGCGGGACGUCAACGAGGCGCCCGUGUUCCAAGAGAACCCGCUGCGGACCAGCCUGCCGGAGGGGGUGCCCCCAGGAACCCCGGUGGCCACCUUCUCUGCCCAUGACCCUGACACACAGCAGCUGCAGAGGCUCAGCUAUUCUAAGGACUAUGACCCAGAUGAUUGGCUGCAAGUGGACAGAGCCACAGGUCAGAUCCAGACCCAGCGAGUGCUCAGCCCCGCCUCACCCUUCCUCAAGGAUGGCUGGUACCGGGCCAUUGUCCUGGCCUACGACGAUGCCUCCCCACCCAGUACGGCCACCGGGACCCUGUCCAUUGAGAUCCUGGAGGUCAAUGACCAUGCCCCUGAGCUGUCCCCACCAUCUGGCAGUGUGUGCAGCAAGCCGGAUCAGGGCUCUGGCCUUCUCCUGGGGGCCACAGAUGCGGACCUGCCCCCCCACGGGGCUCCCUUCCACUUUCAGCUGAGUCCCGGUGACCCAGAGCUGACCCGGAACUGGAGCAUCACCCAGGUUAACGCCAGCCACGCGCGCCUGCGGCUUCGGCACCAGGUCCAGGAGGGUCUGCACCGCCUCAGCCUGCUGCUCCGAGACUCCGGGCAGCCGCCCCAGCGGCGCGAGCAGCCCCUGAACGUGACUGUGUGCCGCUGCGGCCCGGACGGCACCUGCCUGCCGGGAGCCGCUGCCUGGCGGGCGGGGGGCGUGGGCGUCAGCCUGGGCGCCCUGGUCGUCGUGCUGGCCAGCGUCGUCCUGCUGCUCUUGCUCGCCCUGCCGGUCGCCCUCAUCACGCGGUCCCGGCGGCAGUCGGGGGACAAGGGGUUUCUGCACGGGCUGCAGGACGACCUCCGGGACAACAUCCUGAACUAUGAUGAGCAAGGGGGUGGCGAGGAGGACCAGGAUGCCUACGACAUCAACCAGCUGCGCCACCCGACAGAGCUGGCGGUCUUGCGCGCACCCCUGGGUCGUCCGCCCCUGCGCCGAGAUGCCCCAUUCGGCCGAAUGCGCCCCCAGCCACCCCGCAUGCUGCCCACCAGCCCCGAGGACAUCGCCGACUUCAUCAAUGACGGCCUGGAGGUGGCAGACAGCGACCCCAGCGUCCCGCCCUACGACACCGCCCUCAUCUACGACUACGAGGGGGACGGUUCCGUGGCGGGGACGCUGAGCUCCAUCCUGUCCAGCCUGGGGGACGAGGACCAGGACUACAGCUGCCUGCGGGACUGGGGGCCCCGCUUCGCGCGGCUGGCCGACCUGUACGGGGCCCCCUGAGGGCCCCGUGACCCCCGCUGGGCGGACACCCGCCGGACACGGAGGGCACAGGCAGCCCGGCCGGGGCGCGGCGGGCCUCUGCGGAGGCAGCCGGGGGCACAGGGCCGCGUCACCGAGGCCCCGGGGGCCAGCCUGCUUCUCCCCGGGAGGACAGAGCGGGGGCCCCGAGCCGGCCAGGCCCGCGUCAGUCGUGCUUCCCUGGGGCCGGACACCCCCGCCCCCAGCGGCCUCCCACUCACGCGGACCUCAGCUUCGUGCGGAGGGAGCCGCCA